GGCGGGGCGGAAGUGGGGCGCCGAGCGGGAUGGCGGAGGGCGGCUGCGAGCGGCUGCUGUGCCUCAAGGACGGGGUGAAGGUUUUCAGGGUGCCGCCGCGGGCCACCAGCCGGGGACACCGGGCCUCGGACUGGAACCUGGACCGACCCGACUGGACGGGGCGUCUGCGGAUGACGGGCAGGGGCGACUUGGUCUGCGUCCGGCUGGAGGACAAGAUGACAGGGGAACUGUUCGCCGAAGCCCCCAUCGACACGUACCCCGGGAUCGCUGGAGAGCGUGACGGACUCGAGCCGCUACUUCGUCCUCCGUGUCCAGGAUGGAACUG